GGCGCCGCGGCCAUGGCCUCCAAGGCGGGCAAGAGGAAGGAGCCCCCCAGCCGCUCCAGCGUCUCCCCCAAAAUUGUAUUUCCAAGGCCUACUAUGCCUUCUGAUGAAAAGUGGAGAUUUCCUAUUUGGCCAGAAUGGAAUGAUGCAGAUAUCAAUGCAGAAAAAUGGGAUAAUGGAAAAGCUGGAAAAGAAAAACCUGGAAAAGGUCAAAAUUCACCUGAAUUUGAUGAUCCUGAAGGAAAAAUAAAGUUGCCAGCAUCCUUAAAAGUACAUUCAUGGAAACGUCCACAAGAGUUUUUAGUAAAAGAGGUUCCUGUGAUAGUCCAAAAUGAAACUUCAUUUGACCUUGUUUCAGCAAAUGAGCACAUAUUUUGUUGUGAGCUGAUGAGAUGGAUUGUAAGUGAAAUCUAUGCUGUCUGGAGGAUAUAUAAUGAAAAUUCCUUGAAUAGUGAAACACCCACACUUGUUUGGAAACCUUGGGAACACAUUUAUGCCUUAUGUAAAGCUACCCCGGAACAUGUACCACUGUACAAUAAAUUUGGAAAAUAUGUGUUGAAGCUUUAUUGGAUGGGGUGUUGGAGAAAGAUCAUUGUGGAUGACACUAUGCCUUUCAAUGAAGAGGAGAAUUUGUUAUUGCCAGCUACAACCUGCCAAAAUGAACUUUGGCCAAUGUUGCUGUCCAAAGCUAUCAUUAAGUUAGCAAAUACUAGUAUGCAUGAAACUGGAAAAAGAGAGAUGGAGGAAUUUACAGUUCUACAAACACUGACUGGAUGGAUACCAGAAGUUAUUCCUCUCCAGCCUGAAUACUUGGACAAAGUUUGGGGCUUUCUGAAAGAGAUUGUGCCAGAAUUCAAGAUGCCAGAGAAGAAGGCUGCAGAACUUGAGAUUACGGAGGAUGACACAAAACCUGAAGAGACCAAAGACUCAGAGUUAAAAAAUGGAGUUUCACCUACGAGUAAGCUAUCAGAUGGAAUUGAGAAAGCAGAGUCAGCCAAUAAAGUUAGCGAAGAAAAAGCAGAUCAGAAAAAAGUAGGAAAGAAAAAAAAAGGAGGAGAGAAAGAAAAAAGCAAGGUAGCACUUCAGUCUCCAGGAAAGUUGGCAAAAGCCCAAGGCCUUCAGGAUGAAACUGAAAAUUCGCCCCCACCAAAGCAGCCAGAAAUGGUUGUGUAUGCUGGCUGUACACCGCUGCAUUUGUUUGAAGAGGACAUUUUUUUGUUAACACGAAUGACUGAUUCUUCAGAGAAGAUGAGGCAAUAUGGGCUUUCCCAUAUACACAGCCAUCCUGUCCUGAUCACUAGAACUAGGUCCUGUCCUCUGGUAGCACCGCCAGAACCACCACCACUUCCUCCGUGGAAGCUUUUCCGUCAGAAAAAGCAAGUUGUUGUGACAUCUGAACCCCAAGAGCCCGUGGUAGAGAAACCUGAAAAAUAUGUUGAGAUCGCUAGCCUAUUUUUUAAAUACAAAUUGAAUAUUAUCAAAAUACCAACAGACACCCACUUUCCACAGUCUGCCCUCAAAAAAGGAUUUCGUUCUAUAACCCGUCUCACUUCUGUUACUGAAACCGAUGAAAGUGACAGUAAUGGGGAUAUGAAUCAAAAUAGGAGACACUCAAAUGCAGAUUAUUCUCAGGAGACCAUUUCCAUGUUGCAACAAAAUGCAGAAGAGCAUGACAAUAUCAGUUUAGAUGCAAAACAAAUGUCAGAAACAGCUGAUACUGAUAUGAAGAGCCAGACAGGGGCUAAAUCAAAGGACGAAACAGCAUCAGAAAAGAUUUCAGUUUCCAAGGAAACCUGGAUUACCUUUGAAGACUUCUGUGUUUGUUUCCAGAACCUGUAUGUUUUCCACAAGCCACAUACAUAUGCCUAUAAUUAUGAGAAAACGGGUUUUAAGUCUUCUGGUGAGGAAGUCUUCUAUUAUUUACUUGUGGAUAGCCUGAUGCCCAUUGAAAUCCUGGUUAGCUUUUCUGCAUUAGUACACUGGUAUGUUACUGAAGAUACUAAACAAGAAUGUUCAACAGGUGUGCUGAGGGUAGAAUAUUUCUCUUGGAAAUCUGUGACUCCUGGAGAACUUUUGUUAAAGAUGCAUACAUCUGCAACCAAAGCUAAUGUGGUAAAUCUUCCUGUUGGACGACACAUCCUGCUCUUCAGAGUAACUUGUCCCAUAGGGCACCACAUUCAUCUGUGUACCAUGGUGCCAUGUGUCUUUGGAGAAGAGGAUGCUGUGAUUCCAUCUCUUCAGAAGGAGAGUUCUCGAUUUAUAGAACAGGCUACAGCUGUCCUGAAAGCUGUUGGAAAUGUGAUAAAUAAUUUCAGCAAUAAGGAUGAGCUUCCUAAAGCCUUGAAGGAAUUGGAAGUAGCUCAUUGUCCUCCUGGCCUCCAUGAUACUAAAACAGCUAAAGAAAAUGUCAAGGUUUUCAAUGGUGCAUUUUGGUAUUUGAUUGAAUAUGUAUUAGACAAGAAGGAUCUUUACAGAUAUAAAUUUGCCUUCAGGUCCUUCACUUUGGAUUUUAAAGACGAUAUUUUUGAGCGUGACCCUGUGUUUUCAGGCAGCUACAGCACUUCCAGCUUUGUUGAUGUUACUAGUUCUUCCAUUCCUUCGGAGUGCAGCGAGGAGAAAUCCCUUAGUAGUUGGGAGAAUCGAACUCCCACAUCUGAAGAACAAGCAGCAGCUCUCAAAAUUCAAGCCAUCUGGAGAGGGAUCUAUAUUAGGAAAAUACUGAAGAGCAGAGAACCAGGUACUAAAGAAAACACUGAAGUUGAAGAAACUUUGAAAAACCUGUGGACUAUGAUUGAGUUAAAUUUUGAGGAGUAUGCAAUAAUGUUGUUAAGGGAAAUGUUUAAAAGAAACCGUAAUUCAGCUGAAAAGUUUCCGUGUUAUGAAGAUGAAUGGUGUAAGAUGUAUUUCGUUGACUAUGCAGUAACAUAUGCUGAUCAACCACCAAAUGCAUGGUUUCUGGUUUUCAGAGAAAUAUUUAUUGUCCCAGAAGACAUGCUUAUAUUGACAAAGGUGUUUACCUCUAUCCCUUCCUGUAGACUUCAUGUUCUCGAUAAUGACAGAGAGGAGGAAAUGCCACUUGCCUUUUUCAAAGUGCAAUCUCAUGUUUAUCCCAAAAAUAAGAAAGGAUACACUUUUGUGGCUGAGGCGCACACCGGUGACCAACCUGUGCCAGGUGGGAAAUGGAAGCUCCGCUUCAUCAGCUCCCAUAGUGCCCUUCCAUUUCUCUCUCGUGAGGCUGUGAAUAGUAGCUAUUCUACCCAACAAUUUAAGGAGCAUUACAUACCCAACAAUGAGUUCCUACUGUUUAGGUAUUUUGUAAAAGUCAAAGCACCACAUACUGCUACAUUGCAGGUACAAACCUCUAAUUCAGAUGUUUUCAUUAAACUACAAGUCCUAGAUAACGAGAAGGAAAUUACGAGUGUCAUUGGAAAGGGCAAUGCAGUCAUCCCAGUUUUUAAUUUCUGGAGUAAUCAAUCACUUCUGAGCUCCCAGUUAAAAAACCUACACAUUAUUCAAAGUAGUACAAAGAAGGGAUUGGAAACUGGAGACUCAAAAAAAGGCAGUCGUCAUUCAUCAAAGGACAGCAAAGCUUCUUCCAAGACAGACCUUGUACAGGACAGCAAAGCUUCCUCCAAGACAGACCUUGUACAGGACAGUAAAGCUUCCUCCAAGACAGACCUUGUACAGGACAUAAAAAACCUACACAUUAUUCAAAGUAGUACAAAGAAGGGAUUGGAAACUGGAGACUCAAAAAAAGGCAGUCGUCAUUCAUCAAAGGACAGCAAAGCUUCUUCCAAGACAGACCUUGUACAGGACAGCAAAGCUUCCUCCAAGACAGACCUUGUACAGGACAGUAAAGCUUCCUCCAAGACAGACCUUGUACAGGAACACACACUGGCAUUAACAGAUGGAUCUUUAGCCUCAGAAAACUUUGAAAAUAAUGUUGGAAGUCUACAAAAAUCUUACCAGUAUUCUGUACAGGCAUUGGUGUUGCAUGAUAGUUGGCCACUUACUGAGAGUGAGUCUUUGGUUGUUCAGGAACAGAAAGAACUGCAGAAAGAUGAAAUCAAAGUAAAAAAGAUUGCAAAUAUUCAUCACUCAACCAAAAGAUUGAAGGAUAAAGCAUUUGAGAAGAUAGAAAAAGAGAAGUCCCAUAAAGAAAGAGCAUCACUUGAGUCUCAGCCAGGAGAUUCAAAAACACCCUACUGGAUUUUACGCAUAGUUAGCGAACAGAAAGAGGCAGGCUUUCUGGAGGUGAAGAAAGACACCCGGCGAGUAGAUGAGAUCAGAGCCAUGAAAGAAGCAUGGGAGUCUGCAGAGCCAGGGAGAGCUGUCAAGGCUUUUCAGGAACGUGUGCGUUUUAUAAAUAAGUGUGCUGUGAAAGAUUCAGAGGAACCUGAGACUGCUGACGUAACGCCUAGUUCAGGAGAAGCAGGAAAGGAAGCACCACAAACAGCUAUUGACUCAAGAUUAAAAACACAGCAAAAAAAAUGGGAGCUUAUAGACCUUAAUCCUUACACAAGAAAAACAAUGUCUGAAUCUGUGCUGAGAAAUGAGUCUAUCAUUCAACAGCAACAGAUACGUCAAGAAGAAAACAUCAACCAGUUUAGGCAACUUCGCACGCUGGCUUUGGAACAAAGACAAAAAGAAGAAAAUCAAAGAAUUUUAUUGAAGGAAAAUAUACUUGAAAUGUAUGAGAACCUGCAGGCAUCCUUAGAUGAAGCACGAGGCAGAGUUUACAGCAUUCGGGAAGCAUACAGAAAUCAGCUGCUGGAGGCUCAGCGCAGAAAAGAAGAAGAGCUGGCAGCUCAGGAAGCAGCCCUGCAAGCAGAGCGAAAGAAGAAAAAUGCAGAAAAAAAGAAAAAACAGUAAAGGUUUAGCAAAAAAAUAGUUGCUGUCACUCAUGAAUUG